CCCCCUGGGACCGGCCUCAUGGAGCGGAUCCAGGCCAUCGCCCAGAACGUGUCCGACAUCGCCGUGAAGGUGGACCAGAUCCUGCGCCACAGUCUGCUCCUGCACACCAAGGUGUCUGAAGGCCGGCGGGACCAGUGUGAGGCACCCAGUGACCCCAAGUUCCCUGACUGCUCAGGGAAGGUGGAGUGGAUGCGUGCCCGCUGGACCUCGGACCCCUGCUAUGCCUUCUUCGGGGUGGACGGCACCGAGUGUUCCUUCCUCAUCUACCUCAGUGAGGUUGAGUGGUUCUGUCCCCCGUUGCCCUGGAGGAACCAGACGGCUGCCCAGACGGCCCCCAAGCCCCUCCCCAAAGUCCAGGCAGUUUUCCGGAGCAACCUGUCCCACCUCCUGGAGCUGAUGGGCAGUGGGAAGGAGUCUCUAAUCUUCAUGAAGAAACGGACCAAGCGGCUCACGGCCCAGUGGGCGCUGGCUGCCCAGCGGCUGGCACGGAAGCUGGGAAGCGUCUGGAGGGACCAGAAGCAGAUCCUUGUUCACAUCGGCUUCCUGACGGAGGAGUCUGGUGACGUGUUCAGCCCAAGGGUGCUAAAGGGCGGGCCUCUGGGUGAGAUGGUGCAGUGGGCAGACAUCUUGGCCACUCUCUACGUCCUGGGCCAUGGCCUGCGGAUCACAGUGUCCCUGAAGGAGCUGCAGAGUAACUUAGGGGUGCCGCCAGGCCGGGGGAACUGCCCGCUCACCAUGCCCCUGCCUUUCGACCUCAUCUACACUGACUACCACGGCCUGCAGCAGAUGAAGCAGCACAUGGGACUGUCCUUCAAGAAGUACCGGUGCCGAAUCCGGGUCAUUGACACCUUCGGGACAGAACCCGCAUACAACCAUGAGGAGUACGCCACUCUGCACGGCUACCGGACCAACUGGGGCUACUGGAACCUCAACCCCAAGCAGUUCAUGACCAUGUUCCCUCACACCCCGGACAACUCCUUCAUGGGUUUCGUGUCCGAGGAGCUCAACGAGACGGAGAAGCAGCUCAUCAAAGGCAGCAAGGCCAGUAACAUGGCCGUGGUGUACGGCAAGGAAGCGAGUAUCUGGAAGGACCGCAUCGAUAAACACUGUGAGCCUGGCAAGGGGGCUUAG